UUUUCUGUGCUCACUAUCAUGAACCAACCGUCUGGGAUACAUGGCUACCAGCACGAAGAUGCUUGGAACGUUGAUUGGCUGCGGGUUGACGACCUUCACGAACUGUACUACCGACAGUAUGGGAAGAAGGGUGGCAAGCCUGUAAUUUAUCUCCACGGGGGACCAGGCGGCAAUUGCUCCAAAAGCAACACCGUCUUCUUCGACCCUUCUGAAUAUCACGUGAUACUGCUCGAUCAACGCGGAUGUGGACAGUCCCGCCCCAAUGCCAACACUACCAACAACACGACGUGGCACCUCGUAGCCGACAUUGAGGCCUUGCGCAAACAUCUCCACAUUGCCAAAUGGCACAUGGUUUUCGGCGGGUCCUGGGGCUCCACUCUGGCCCUUGCAUACGCAGAGACGCAUCCAGAGAGCGUGGGCAGCCUGGUUCUCCGGGGUGUCUUCACCGUGCGCGACCUCGAGCUCAAAUGGUCAAACUGCGAGGGUGGUGCCUCGAUGCUCUUCCCCGACAAAUGGGACGACUACGUAGGCUUUCUCCCCGAAGAAGAGCGUGCCGACCACAUUGCCAACUACCAUAAACGGCUCAUGUCUUCCGACCCGGCAGUCUCGCAUCCGGCAGCCAGGGCCUGGAACACGUGGGAAAUUUCAAUCAGCACCCUGUAUCCAGAUGCUACGGCGUUCCAGAAGCUGCAAGAGCCAGAAUACCUGCUUGCCCACGCCCGCAUCGAGAUCCACUACUUUACCAACAAGGCAUGGAUGGAGGACGGUCAGCUGCUCAAAAGCGAAAAUGUCGACCGCAUCCGGCACAUCCCCACCACGAUAGUGCAGGGGAGAUACGACGUUGUUUGUCCCCCAAUCACAGCGUGGCAGUUGCACAAGCAGUGGCCUGAGAGCAAGCUGCACUUUGUGGACGACGCUGGACACGGCGUCAUGGAGCCUGGCACCAAGAAAAAGCUGAUCGAAACGUGUGACGAAUACGCCAAGUUGGUAAUCUAACCAACCCCCGAUUACGCACACCUAGUCUGUAGAAAAGGGAGGAAGGUUAUCAUAGGGAUAGACGGAUCAACACGCUCAGUAAAAUUUGCCUAUAGACUAGGUAGUACUAGAACAGCCAGCUGCGCUCCAUGCUAUCUAUAUAUUAGCCUGUACAUACUCUGUAGGGGGCUAGUUUUUUUUCAGCCCCAACCCGUGCGCGGCGUGGGGGCGUGGGUUAGGUGGGCUUGAAACAUGCAGCGGCAAUCAUCAAGGC